AUGUCAAACCAUAGCACCGAUGAGUCACUUGACCAGCUUCGGCAGACAGCUCGUCGCAGAACAGCGACACCUGGCCCACGUCCAGGUCUCAAGUCUUCACCGAGCCGCGAGGGCCCCGAGGCAAGUCGACUGGAAUCAUCCAGUUUCACCGACGAGCCCAUGUGGAUGCAAAGGAGACCAUCCAACAAUCCUAUAGAGCAAGCAGAUGAGAAGCCGGCUUCGAGAAGCCGGCAAGAGUGGCCCGGGAUUCAACAACGAAGCAUCAUUGCCCUGGUCCUAUGCUUUUGCGCCAUGCUUUUGGCUACUGGUCCUGCGGCAUAUUGCUGGCUGAACCACGCAGGCCGAGCGGAUAUGGCGGAUGUCUAUCGGGGUGGUGCGCACCCCACGGAGGAGAACUCCUGCUGCGCAGAGGCCACCCCAGGCGCCCACCAUCGGCCGGUGCUUUACAUCGGCAGUGACUACGUGAACGAGGUGGCCUCGGGCGGCAUCAAUGGUUUGCUGAUGAUGGUGGCCACCGUGGUGGCCGGCAUCGGCAUCGACCUGCCCGGUCCCCACAUCUUGGCCAUGGGAAGUGCCAGCCUCAUCUCUUACGGCUUUUCCAUGGGCUUCGGCGCUUUCAUGGUGGAAGAGGCCAAGGAAGGUUUCGCUCGCAGCCAGCUGGAGGAAGAGUACAAUGAAGUGCGAGCCAUGCCGUCCGCCGAAGUGGAUGAGAUGAUUUGUCACUACAGGAAACGUGGCCUAUCCGAGGAGGAUGCUCGCCAUGUGGCCAAGAUCUUCUCCAAAUAUGAGGACUUUUGGGUUCACCACAUGAUGGCCGAGGAGCUAGGAAUCCAAUUGCCACGGGGCCCAACGGCUGCGAUGAAGUCGGGUCUGGCCACCGGCACUUCCUUCCUCAUCUUCGGCUUGGUUCCUUUGCUAGGUUUGGUCAUCUCCACUUGUUUGCGGAGCUGCGCCGGCCCAGCGUGGUAUCGGCCCCAAUUCUCCACAGCCAUGUCGCUCACACUGAGUGCCUUUGCACUCCUUCUACUGGGCAGCUUGGUGAGCCGUUUGGUCGGCAGCCGGACACCGUUGGUCAGCGGAAUGACAAUGCUGGCGAAUGGUUUUGCCGCCUCGAUCAUGGCCUUUGCAGUCAGUCAGCUUUUAUCCACUGAGAUGGAGAAGAAGGCUUUGGGUGCCAAAGUCUCAGAGGUCGACGAAGUGCCACAACCUGUCGCCAAGAGGUGCCCCAAGAGGCUUCGCCUUGACAGUGGUAGCUCUCAGCCUGGAUCGGGCGUGCAAAUGAGUGAGCCGGGCGCUUGGCCCACCUUUCGGCAUCAGUUUUUUCCUUAG